AUGAACUGCAACGCCUUGAAGGAGUACGGAAUCGGAGGCUUCGUGUACCACGUUAAGGGCGAUCCGAUGCCUGUUAUGAAAGCUACCGACCUGGAGAAGCUGCCCGGAUCGACACCCGACGCGGACGAGCAGCAACUCGCCUCCACCGCUUGGCUAAAGCAUAGAAGUGGCAAGUACACAUGUCAAGAGGAAGAGCUUGUCAGAGACGGAGAUUGGACAAGUCUCGCAAGCAUAGAUAUCAUUUACAGGAGUGCAUUGAGAGAUUUCGUGGAAGAGGGCCGCAUUAUGGGCCAGCGCCAUGCUGAGAACACUCCUCGCCAUCGCCAGGGUACAUGGGUGAAGGUGCCUUGCCAAAUACGCCAUUCGUCCGACGAUGCCAGUUGGGAUAGGAGUCCAGCCGUCUUCAUCACAACUAUUAACGAUCUGACGGAAGCGGUUCUGGACGGUGCCUGA